AUCAGCCUUCCCACCGCUCACGCACUUGCAUUAGAGAAAAACAAUUCCUCUACGAUCAGGCUCAGAUCCCUCUCCUACUCACGAAAAUUCAAAGUUUUUAUAUUACAACCAGAAAAUGAAUUAAAUACAUUUCUUAGUUUAGUUUCUCUCACUGCGUCUCUCCACAUUUCUCUUCCCCUCUCCAGAUCUCACUCUGGUUGCUUACCUGAGGGUUCAAGGGUUUCUCUCCCGCUGCUCCAGAUCUCAUAGCGCCCGUUGGCGCCGUCGUUUUUCUGUUAAUUCCUACUAUCCUUUCCCAGAUCCGGAGCUCCGAACUAGAGGAUUUGAUUCGCCGUCUGACAUCAUGGCGGCCGCAAAUGCUCCGAUCACCAUGAAGGAAACCCUAACGCUGACUAGCAUUGGGAUCAAUCCACAGUUCAUUACUUUCACAAAUGUGACUAUGGAAUCUGAUAAGUUUAUAUGUGUUCGGGAGACGGCACCUCAAAACAGUGUGGUUAUUGUCGAUAUGAGCAUGCCAAAUCAGCCUUUGAGGCGUCCUAUCACUGCAGAUUCCGCUCUUAUGAAUCCAAUUUCUCGAAUCUUAGCUCUAAAAGCUCAACUUCCUGGAACUACGCAAGACCACUUACAAAUAUUUAACAUUGAGGCAAAGGCCAAACUGAAGUCCCAUCAGAUGCCUGAGCAGGUCAUAUUUUGGAAGUGGAUUACACCUAAGAUGUUGGGUUUAGUUACACAAUCAUCAGUGUAUCACUGGUCAAUUGAAGGUGAGUCUGAACCUGCAAAGAUGUUUGACCGAGCUGCCAAUCUAGCAAACAAUCAGAUAAUUAAUUAUAAGUGCGAUCCAUCCGAAAAAUGGUUGGUUUUGAUAGGGAUCGCUCCUGGUUCUGCUGAGAGGCCACAACUUGUCAAAGGAAGUAUGCAGCUAUUUUCUGUAGAUCAGCAACGUAGCCAAGCACUUGAAGCACAUGCUGCAUCAUUUGCCUCUAUCAGAGUACCAGGAAACGAUAAGGAUUCCAUUCUUAUUUCCUUUGCUACGAAGACCUCUAAUGCUGGACAGACUACUUCUAAGUUGCAUGUUAUUGAGCUUGGUGCUCAGCCAGGAAAACCAUCAUUUACGAAGAAGCAGGCAGAUCUUUUCUUCCCUCCAGAUUUUGCUGAUGAUUUUCCAGUGGCCAUGCAGAUUUCCCACAAGUAUGGCCUGACAUAUGUGAUCACAAAGCUUGGCCUGCUAUUUGUAUAUGACCUUGAAACUGCAACAGCUGUUUACAGAAACAGAAUUAGCCCCGAUCCCAUAUUUCUAACAUCCGAAGCUUCAUCAGUUGGAGGUUUCUAUGCAAUUAAUAGGCGUGGCCAAGUUUUACUUGCCACAGUAAAUGAAUCGACUAUUGUCCCAUUUGUCAGUGGACAAUUAAACAAUCUGGAGCUUGCGGUAAAUCUUGCCAAAAGAGGAAACUUACCUGGUGCAGAGAAUUUGGUUGUUCAGCGUUUUCAAGAAUUGUUUGCUCAGACAAAGUACAAAGAGGCUGCUGAGCUUGCUGCAGAAUCUCCACAAGGCAUCCUUAGGACACCUGAUACUGUUGCCAAAUUUCAGAGUGUUCCUGUACAAGCUGGGCAGACACCACCUUUGUUGCAGUAUUUUGGAACACUUUUAACCAAAGGAAAGCUCAAUGCAUUUGAGUCUUUGGAAUUGUCUCGACUUGUGGUCAACCAGAACAAGAAGAAUCUACUGGAGAACUGGUUGGCUGAAGACAAACUGGAAUGCAGUGAGGAACUUGGAGAUCUCGUCAAGACUGUUGACAACGACCUUGCACUGAAAAUUUAUAUCAAAGCCAGAGCUACACCGAAAGUUGUGGCUGCUUUUGCCGAGCGUCGGGAGUUUGACAAAAUCCUGAUUUACUCAAAACAGGUUGGGUACACACCUGACUAUCUUUUCCUUCUGCAAACCAUUCUUCGAGCAGAUCCUCAGGGAGCUGUUAAUUUUGCCCUUAUGAUGUCUCAAAUGGAAGGAGGUUGUCCUGUUGAUUACAAUACCAUUACCGAUCUAUUUCUUCAGAGGAACUUGAUUCGUGAAGCAACGGCUUUUCUGCUGGAUGUUUUGAAACCAAAUUUACCAGAACAUGGUUUCUUGCAAACAAAGGUCUUGGAGAUAAAUCUUGUGACAUUUCCGAAUGUUGCUGAUGCUAUUUUGGCAAAUGGCAUGUUUAGUCACUAUGACAGGCCACGGGUAGCACAACUAUGUGAGAAAGCUGGUCUUUACAUUCGGGCACUUCAGCAUUACUCCGAACUGCCUGACAUCAAGCGAGUUAUUGUGAACACCCAUGCAAUUGAGCCACAGGCACUUGUGGAGUUCUUUGGGACACUUUCUAAGGAAUGGGCUAUGGAGUGUAUGAAGGAUCUGUUAUUGGUUAACUUAAGAGGAAAUCUUCAGAUAAUUGUGCAGGUUGCUAAGGAGUAUUGUGAACAUCUGGGAGUCGAAGCAUGCAUUAAGCUCUUUGAGCAGUUCAAAUCAUAUGAAGGGUUGUAUUUCUUCCUAGGAUCGUAUUUGAGCUCCAGUGAGGAUCCCGAGAUCCACUUUAAGUAUAUUGAGGCAGCUGCUAAGACUGGACAAAUUAAAGAGGUCGAACGUGUUACAAGAGAAUCAGAGUUCUAUGACCCUGAAAAGACUAAGAACUUUUUAAUGGAAGCAAAACUUCCUGAUGCACGUCCAUUAAUCAAUGUGUGUGACCGAUUUGGUUUUGUGCCCGACCUCACACAUUACUUGUACUCCAACAACAUGCUUCGCUACAUUGAAGGUUAUGUGCAAAAGGUCAAUCCAGGAAAUGCUCCUUUAGUUGUUGGACAGCUGUUAGAUGAUGAAUGCCCAGAAGAUUUCAUUAAGGGCCUUAUCCUUUCUGUCCGCUCUCUGCUUCCAGUUGAACCUCUUGUGGAGGAGUGUGAGAAGAGGAAUCGGCUUCGCCUGCUUACCCAGUUUCUGGAACAUCUUGUGAGUGAAGGAAGCCAGGAUGUGCAUGUUCACAAUGCUUUGGGUAAAAUCAUAAUUGAUAGCAAUAACAAUCCAGAACACUUCCUCACUACCAAUCCAUACUAUGAUUCACGUGUUGUGGGAAAAUACUGUGAGAAGCGUGAUCCUACACUUGCUGUUGUUGCAUACCGCAGAGGGCAAUGCGAUGAUGAACUCAUCAAUGUGACAAAUAAGAACUCUUUGUUCAAGCUGCAGGCUAGGUAUGUUGUUGAAAGAAUGGAUGGUGAUCUCUGGGCCAAAGUUCUUGAUCCUGAAAAUGAAUUCAGAAGGUUGCUCAUUGAUCAAGUUGUAUCUACUGCUUUGCCUGAAAGCAAAAGCCCAGAGCAAGUCUCUGCUGCUGUUAAAGCUUUUAUGACAGCUGACCUUCCUCAUGAGCUAAUUGAGUUGCUUGAAAAGAUUGUGCUUCAAAACUCAGCAUUCAGUGGGAACUUUAAUCUGCAAAAUUUACUUAUCUUGACAGCAAUUAAAGCUGACCCAUCGAGGGUUAUGGACUAUAUCAAUAGACUCGAUAACUUUGACGGACCAGCUGUUGGUGAAGUGGCUGUUGAUGCUCAAUUGUAUGAAGAAGCUUAUGCUAUUUUCAAGAAGUUCAACUUGAAUGUGCAGGCUGUUAAUGUGUUGCUGGAAAAUAUUCGGGAUAUUAACCGAGCUGUGGAAUUUGCUUAUCGUGUUGAAGAGGAUGCUGUUUGGAGUCAAGUUGCUAAAGCUCAGCUUCGGGAAGGUCUAGUUAGUGAUGCGAUAGAGUCAUUCAUUCGUGCAGAUGAUGCAACCCAAUUUCUGGAAGUAAUCCGGGCUGCGGAAGAUGCUGAUGUUUAUCAUGACCUAGUGAAAUACCUUCUCAUGGUCAGGCAGAAAUCAAAGGAGCCCAAAGUGGAUAGUGAGCUCAUUUAUGCAUAUGCCAAAAUUGAGAGGCUGGGUGACAUUGAAGAAUUUAUUCUCAUGCCAAAUGUUGCAAAUCUGCCUAGUGUUGGUGACCGCUUGUAUGAUGAAGCCUUGUAUGAGGCUGCAAAGAUUAUCUUUGCUUUUAUAUCUAACUGGGGCAAGCUGGCCUGCACUUUAGUUAAGUUGAAGCAAUUCCAAGGGGCUGUUGAUGCAGCUCGCAAAGCUAAUAGUGCAAAGACAUGGAAAGAAGUAUGUUUUGCCUGUGUGGAUGCUGAGGAGUUCCGAUUGGCUCAGAUCUGUGGUCUCAAUAUUAUCAUACAGGUGGAUGAUCUGGAAGAGGUCAGUGAGUAUUAUCAGAAUAGAGGAUGCUUCAAUGAGCUAAUAUCUCUUAUGGAGAGUGGUCUAGGGUUGGAACGUGCACAUAUGGGUAUCUUUACAGAGCUGGGAGUCUUAUAUGCCAGAUACCGCCAUGAGAAGCUCAUGGAACACAUUAAAUUGUUCUCCACUCGUCUCAAUAUUCCCAAGCUGAUCAGAGCAUGUGAUGAACAACAGCACUGGCAAGAACUUACAUACUUGUACAUUCAGUACGAUGAGUUCGAUAAUGCUGCAACUACAGUCAUGAACCAUUCACCUGAAGCCUGGGAUCACAUGCAAUUCAAAGAUAUUAUUGUCAAGGUUGCCAAUGUGGAGCUAUACUACAAGGCCGUACAUUUCUAUUUACAAGAGCACCCAGAUCUCAUCAAUGAUGUCCUGAAUGUCCUUGCACUUCGCCUGGAUCACACUCGUGUUGUGGACAUUAUGCGAAAGGCUGGUCACCUACGUCUUGUUAAGCCAUAUAUGGUUGCAGUCCAGAGCAAUAAUGUCUCUGCAGUGAAUGAAGCUCUGAAUGAGAUCUACACAGAAGAAGAAGAUUAUGACAGAUUACGUGAAUCUAUUGACUUGCAUGACAACUUUGACCUAAUUGGCCUUGCCCAAAAGAUUGAGAAACACGAACUGCUUGAGAUGAGGCGUGUUGCAGCCUACAUUUACAAAAAAGCAGGCAGAUGGAAGCAGUCAAUUGCAUUGUCAAAGAAAGAUAACCUCUACAAAGAUGCAAUGGAGACAGGUUCACAAUCCGGUGAUCGUGAACUUGCUGAGGAGUUGCUUGUUUACUUCAUUGAACAGGGGAAGAAGGAGUGCUUUGCUUCUUGCCUAUUUGUUUGUUACGACUUGAUUCGCCCAGACGUCGCACUUGAACUAGCCUGGGUGAAUAACAUGAUUGACUUUGCCUUCCCCUAUCUGUUACAGUUCAUCCGCGAGUACUCUGGCAAAGUUGAUGAGCUAAUCAAGGACAAGAUCGAGGCUAAGAAGGAAGAGAAGGCUAAAGAAAAUGAGGAGAAAGAUGUCAUCAUGCAACAGAAUAUGUAUGCCCAGCUGUUGCCUCUUGCUUUACCAGCCCCGCCUAUGGCAGGCAUGGGUGGUGGUGGUAUGGGAGGGGGCUAUGCUGGUCAGCCAACCCCGCCCAUGGGGGGUAUGGGAAUGGGAAUGCCUCCAUUUGGAAUGCCAUCAAUGGGGUCAUAUUGAGCUCGAACUAAUUGUGCGAUAGUUGGUGAGCGAGAAGUGGAUGGAUGUCCAUGAAGUUUUCGUGUUAUCUAGUACAGUACCUCGCUUUCCUAACAGUUGAAGGGGCCAAUGGUAGAGAUGGGGGAUAGAAAAUAAAAGAUGAUUUGGUGUUUGCUGUGAUAGGGUGGUGGGAUGCGAGGCUUAUUGUAAUAUUCUUUUCUUUGGUAGUGAGGCAUUUUUUUUGCAGGUCUAGGCCGCAAGCUGAGGUUAUUUGUAUUUUAAAAGUAAGUACUUGAACAUGACAAACAAAUAUUACAGGACUAAUUUGUUAUCUUAUAUUUUUGUUUGUAUAUAAACUGUCUCGAUUUCUUCUCCAUUAAAAGCGUUUCUGAUGGUA